CUAAAUUUCUGCAGUAAGAGUGUUUACAAAUUGGUAAAUUUGAGAUAAAGUCUUGGCUAUUCGAGGCACAUAACCUUGAAUAUUUUUUACAAAUGUAGUGAUAACAUAUAAUUAAGCGAGUGAUGGAAAGCAGAAAGAGCGGAAUUAGGGUCAAAAAAGAACCAAAAGAUGCUUGGUCAGAUGCAGACCACAAUAAUAUUUUCGAUUCAGAAAAUUCUAACGAAGCCAAAAACUUUGAAACAAUGCCGUUCAAUAAAUUACCAGAAAAGUUGGGUGAUAAUAUAACAGUAGAUUUUGAGUGCAAAUAUGUUAAACCUGAACUAUCGACAAACAUCUGCAAAACCGAGUAUCAGAAUUUUCAACCGAUUUUAAAAAUGGAAAAACAAAUACUGACUGAUUAUUUAAAUGAUAAAAAUCAGAUAAUUUUGAUUAAAAAAGGAUUCGAUUACGAAAAUAACUGUCAAUUAGAAAAAAAGUCCCAAUUAAAUCUAGAAAAAUCCGAGGAGAUGAGAUAUUUAUGAACGGAACUCAAAACAAAUUAUCUCAUGAAUAUGAAUUGGAGCGAAACACUUAUGAAAGGGAAGCGAAUCUAAAAGAGCGUGUCAGCACGACACACGAAAGAAUUAAACAAAAUAUGAAUGUGAAAUUUGUCAUAACUCAUUUAAAUAUCGAAGAUACCUCAGGAAACACAUAAUUGAAGUUCAUGACCAGAACAAACCCUUUGAAUGUGACAUUUGCCAUACAUCAUUUAGACAGAAAGGUUACCUCAACUUACAUAUAAAUUCAAUAUUUAAUCGAAGCAAACCUUUUGGAUGUGAGAUUUGUUGCAAAUCAUUUGGACAAAAAAGUAAUCUUGCAUCUCACAUCAAUGUAGUACAUAAUCGUAGUAAAUCCUUUGAAU